AUGUGCAGUUUAGCUGAUAUAUACAGAGAAUUAGGAGAAUCGGAAGCAAAGGAAACGAUAACAAAAUCUUGGGCGCGAUAUGAAGAGGCGUAUCGAGUUCUGCGAGCAUCACAGGAUCGAAUGGGUGAGGUACUGGUGUUGGCUAGCAUGGCUAAAAGUGCAUCCGAGAGUCGCUCACACUAUACGGGACAGUGCGAAUGUCAAGCGAUUCAACUGAAUAAAAAAUGUUUGGAUAUUGCUCGAACAUUAGGGUGCAAACACGUCAUGUUGAAGUGCCAUUCUCGACUUGCCGAACUUUAUGCCCAAUUAAACGAUGAGGACAGCGAAGAGGUUGCCCGAAGAGCGGCCAGUCAGCUUACGCAAGAAAUGGAGCUGUUUUGUAAUUUCUGUGGGCAGAGGUAUGGGCUCAAGGACGAAAGCUUGCAAGCUUUGAGAUGUUCGCAUGUCUUUCAUGAAAGAUGUCUUCACACAUUUCUCCUGGAGCGCGAGGACCAAACUUGUCCGAAGUGUCGUUGCCGGGCAAUUGUAUCGGACAAUAUCUCGAUGAGAACUCCUAGUAUUUGCUCAACAGUGGAUGCGCAAUCACCUACUUCACAAAUGGCAGCUCCUUCCGGUGGAGUAAAAACGCCACUUGUGGCAGCUGCUGCCGAGCUUGGUGAUACACGACCGCAGUCCACUCUUACGAGAGCUUCAGCAAGGUAUGUAUAUGGAAAUGAUGAGCAAAGCUGAUC